AUGGCUGCUGCUGCUCGGACACUUCGCAUUGGUCUCAUUCCCGGAGACGGCAUCGGACGGGAGGUCAUCCCGGCUGGUCGUCGUAUUCUGGAGUCCCUCCCCUCGUCGCUGAACCUCAAUUUCAGCUUCGUCGACCUCGAUGCUGGUUUCGAGACUUUCCAGAAGACUGGCACCGCCUUGCCGGACAAGACCGUCGACACCCUGAAGAAGGAGUGUGAUGGUGCUCUUUUCGGUGCUGUCAGCUCCCCAAGCACCAAGGUCGCCGGCUACUCGUCUCCCAUUGUCGCCCUGCGCAAGAAGCUUGACCUUUACGCCAACGUCCGCCCUGUGAAGACCACCGCCGGCAGCAGCAACGGCAAGCCCAUUGACCUGGUCAUUGUCCGUGAGAACACCGAGGACCUUUACGUGAAGGAGGAGCGCACCGUGGAGGGCCCCAACGGCAAGGUCGCGGAGGCAAUCAAGCGCAUUUCCGAGCGGGCCUCGUCGCGCAUCUCCACCAUUGCCGGUGAGAUUGCCCUGCGCCGCCAGAACAUCCGCUCUGCUGCCCCCGGCUCCUACACUCGUAACCAGCCCAUGGUCACCAUCACCCACAAGUCGAACGUCCUGUCCCAGACCGACGGCCUGUUCCGCGAGACUGCCCGCAAGGCCCUCGCCGCCGAGAAGUUCUCCUCCAUCCACGUCGAGGAGCAGAUUGUCGACUCUAUGGUCUACAAGCUCUUCCGCCAGCCCGAGUACUACGACGUCAUCGUUGCCCCCAACCUUUACGGCGAUAUCCUUUCUGACGGUGCCGCCGCCCUGGUCGGCAGUCUAGGCCUGGUUCCUAGCGCCAAUGUGGGUGAUAACUUCGCCAUUGGCGAGCCCUGCCACGGCAGCGCCCCUGAUAUCGAGGGCAAGGGCAUUGCCAACCCCAUUGCUACCCUGCGCAGCGUUGCUCUGAUGCUGGAGUUCCUCGGCGAGGAGAAUGCCGCCGCUAAGAUCUAUGCUGCUGUUGACGGCAACCUCGACGAGGCCAAGUUCCUUUCCCCUGACAUGGGUGGCAAGGCUACCACCCAGGAGGUUCUCGAUGACGUCCUUAAGAGACUGUAA